CCUUUGAGAACGGUGAAAGACCCUGUGCCAGGUGCCCAGAAGCCACCAGGCCCCCGCCAAACACCAGAGCGCCGUGCCUCCAGGAGGGCGGGGCCGCAGCCACGUUACUCCGUCUUCCCAGAAGCCAUCGCGCGACUUGACUGAGAUAAAAAGGCGGGAGCGGCUUCGCUCCAGCGUCGAGGUGGGCGCUCAGGCCUGGUGGUGGUGUUUCUUCGCCUCAGUCUUCUCAGGCUGCUGCGCAGGCCGCCGCUGGACGCUGACUCCCGCCGACUGUAGCUCAGUUAGUCAGGAAGGCGACGAGACAGGCCGUCAAGGGCCGAGAGGCCGCUGAGGCCUGGGAGUGGGGUGACAAUGUGGCCGCUACGAGUCUAUACCCGCAAGAAGCGGGCCGACCAGAGACUCAACCUAACCCCGACGCCGGACCUAGCGGAGCCUCCCCCAGGCCCGGGCCGAAGGCUCGCUGCCCGCUGUAAGCCCCGCCGGGCUGGCCUGCGGGGCGGGGCCCGGGGCCUGAAAGGAAAUGACAAAGCACACGGUUUGCCGAAGAUUGCGGAGAAAGCGGAGCGCAGUGCGCAGGGAGCUGGCUGCUCUGGGCUGCCGAGCACUCAGUUAAGAGUUACAGGAGAGAAAAACCUGCAAGAAAGUAGCACUAGUGAAGAGCUCCGGGACGAGAAGAUGGCUCCGCUGAGCGAGUCAGUCCCUGAUGACCUCCAGAUUGACAGUAGUUCAUCAAAUAGUGAACUGUUAUCAGGGCUAAGUUUGCAGCACGAAAUUUCUAGUUCUCUUCUGAGCUAUUCAAUCACAGACUCUUAUACAGAAUAUAAGAGUUUUGAAGAGAGUUUAAGUAGCUUCCCGUCACCUGAACUCUUCAGAGGAUCAGAUUGUUUAGAUUGGGAACGUCCCAAGUUAGAAUACCUGCAAUGCAAGAAUUCAACUCUUCUGGAUACCAGUAAAGCAGUACCGAUAGAGAAGGCAUCACAGUUUUCAAACCUCUCUGCAAUUUUAAGUACCUCUUCAGAAGACUAUCAGAAAUGCCAUAGGAAAAUAGGGAUGCUGUUAGCAGACCAAAACAUUCCUCCAAAACCAAAGAAUACUUCAAAUUCAGAAUCAGAUAAUGCAGCUUGUGAAGUUUUACUUGCUGAGAAAACUUGUCCUUCAACCCCUGAAAAAACAAAGAAAAAACCUGAAAAAGAUCCUGAACCUAGAGAUACAAAUUUUCAAACAAAGUUAAGCUCUCAGCAUCUAAAAAUCAAGGUUCCGUCAUCUCAGCAGAAGUCUACUCUUGAAAGCAGUGCAGGUAGAUCAGUUACCAAAGUUCUGCUGCCUCAGCCCCUGGAAACUGCAUUGAACACAAAUUCCAGUACUCCUGAUAAGAAAAGCAGAGGCCUGUUAACAAGUACUCCGUCUUCACAAACAGCUGGCUUCGUGAUUGAUUUGUCCUCAGUGCAAAAAGCAUCUUUUGAAGAACUAUUUCCAAAUGUCAGCAAAUAUGUUAAUUCAAAUGAAAUUGUUUCUGGGUCAAGUUUGCAAGAAAAUGCUUCAAAUGAGGUUCCUUCAAAAACAUCAGAAGUCUGUUAUAUUAUUAGAGCAUCACCAGGAACUAGACAAGUGAAAAGUAAAAGUGUUAUUGUAAAGAAGAAGACAUAUUCUCCUCCUAAAGAUAUUCCUCAAGAUAUUAUAAUAAAAACAAAUGGCAGGAUGUAGCAGCUGUGGCUGAAUUUAAACUACUUUGAAGACAUGAAUAUGAAGUCAAAGUCUGUGAAGCAAAAUGUCUGCCUGAAAUUGCAUGAAAUUCAAAGAUCAGAAACCUCUAAUUAUUUGUGAUAUAUCCUGGUGUUGAAAUUCUACUGAGAUUCUUGUAAUUUACCUUUAAUAGUUAAGAAGGAAAUAUUUUUCUUUAUGCUUCUUCAAUACAUAUGUAUUUGUGUUGUAAAAUAAGAACAGAUAGCUUAUAUUAGAAGACUGUACACUAAAUAGAUGAUUCCAGCUAUCUAUAAAGAGCCAUCACCAGAGUACUAUGUAACUUCCUUUGAUUGUUUUUUCCCAAAGUUUAUCCUUUCUAUGGACUAAAAGUAGUAAAGUUGUUGAAGCGCUAAAAAUGAAAAUGCUUAUAUUACGAGCUAUUUUUAACAGAACUUAAUUGAAACCACAUGAGUGAGAGACCUAAUUCCAGGUCUGACUGAAAGAAACUCUAUACUCAAGGUUUGCUGAAGCAGGGAAUGUAUAAUAUGUACAAGCAAUCAUACACUAAGUAUUGAAUAUAUUACCCCAUCCCCAACAACUUUGUUUAGCUAAUACUAUCCGCAGGUUGGUCUUUUUUUUGGUAAUAUAAUUUGUUGUGGCAUCCUGACAACGCGCUUCCUAAAAAGCAGCAAUCCUGUUGUCAGUGAACAUAGUACACUUGUAUAACUGUUGGUGAGAUUUUAGCUCUGAUGGUUAUACUAAUGUUAUUAUACAUAAAAGUAAGUAAGAGUAAAAAUUUCAAAGCUGCUUAAAUAAGAAAGUUCUAAAAUCGAUAGAACAAUUUGAGGUUAUGUAAUUCAUAUAGUAUUGAUUUUUAAAUAGGAGUCUCGUGAAGAUAGUCUUGUAAAUAAUUUGACAAGGCCUUAAGCCACUAACAAAGCUAUUUUUGAUUUGUUUCACAUUUUCAUAUGGAGGUGAAAUAUGGGAAAAUUGUUAGGAAAUGUAGAAGAGCUCAUUAAUGAUGGAGGCUAGAACCAAAUUUAGACCUGAAUUCUAAAUCAGUACUCAACUAAGUCAGUAACUCUUGUGGUGGUUUUAAAAGCAGAAAUGUGAUAAGCAGUGGGGGGAAAAGAAAUGAAAUAGAAGGCCUAUUCCCUGCCUUCAAAGAGUUUAUAAUCCAAGGGGGAGGGGAGAGAAUGAGAAUGAAUUAUUAGUUUCCAUUCAGGUGGUAGGUUCCUGGGAGAAGGAAUGACAUCUCAUUCUUAGGGUGGGCCUAGUGGGGCUGGAAGAAAUAAACAUUUGAUAGUUUCACACUGCUCAGAAGGAAAAUAUAACUAGCGCAGUGAAGUAAAUACUUGGCCAGGCCGAUGUAAUUUAGAAAGUGAUAGAGCCCAGAUUUGAAGGCAGGACUAUUUGAGUCCAACAUUUUUGUUUUAUCAGCUAGAACACAGGGAAAGGUGGGAGGGAGGAAGAAGAUGCAAUUGGCAUUCAAUGCUUAGGGGUGGAGGACAUCAAUUAUGAUUAAGAGGAAAGAAAAUAGAAUAAGCCUGCUUGCUGUCUGGCAGACACAAGAAAUCCAAAGAUUCCUGCUGGCAAAUCCUAGAAGGUGCUACUUUUUUUUUUUUUUUUCCCUGAGGAAGAUUAGCCCUGAGCUAACAUCUGUGCCAGUCUUCCUCCAAUUUAUACGUAGGUCGCUGCCACAGCAUUGCUGAGGAGUGGUGUAGGUUGGUGCCUGGGAUCCAAACCCACCAACCUGAGCUGCUGAACUGGAGUUAGCCGAACUUAACCACUAGGCCAUGGGGCUAGCCCCUAUACUCUUAACUUUAUAUCUGUGGGUAGGCCUCAGAGGUCUUUCAGUGAACGUCCCUGGAAGAGCAUCAAAAAAGGAGUUCAGGGACCAGCCCAAUGGUGUAGUGGUUAAGUUCACGUGCUCUGCUUUGUUGGUCCAGGGUUCACAGGUUUGGAACCCCAGGUGUGGACGUACACACAGC